AUGAAUGCCCUCAUCGCCAGUUUAUCAAAUGGGGAUAACUCCGAGCCCCAUCAAGGUGUCCUAGCAUACAGAGCCCCUUCCCUUCUACAACCUCAUAGAGCACGUGACGCCAUCCGCGAUGCUCACGAUGGAAAGAUAGCACCUCUCAUUGGAUUUUUCAUCGGUUUACCUUCUCCACCCAUUGCCAAAGUAGCAGCUCAGCUGGGCUACGACUGUGUAUGGAUUGAUUGGGAACAUACAUCAAUGAGCGUCGAAACCAUGACACAAAUGGUCCAAGAUGUUCAGUUCAUGAGUGAAGGCAAGAGUUUUGCCAUUGUUCGUGUUCCAGGCCAUGAUCACGCAAAUAUAGGCUAUGCUUUGGAUGCCGGAGCCUCUAUUCUCGUCCCACAAGUCGGUACCGUCGAAGAAGCCAAAGCUAUCGUUUCUGCGGCCAAAUUUGGCGCCGUACGCAACGGUACUCGCUCGGCUCCUCCAGCUCGCUUCUUAAUGGGUAUUUCCGAUACCUCCAUCGAUCCCACCAAAUCUAUCUGGGAAAAUGUCAACAACCAAGCCGCCAUUAUCAUCCAAAUUGAAACUCUUGAGGCGAUUCAUAAUCUCGACGCCAUCCUCACUGAGUGCGGUGAGCACAUUGAUUCUGUCUGGCUCGGAUCGUUGGAUGCGCGUGUCAGUAUGGGUUUGCCUAAUAUGUGGGGCGAGGAAAAGGAGUGGACUGAUGCGGUUGCCCUGUAUGAGUCAACUCUGGCGAAACAUGAUAAGCCUUCCAGUGGAAUGGCCAUGGGUUUCUCGCUAGAUGCUAAGCUAGCAAUGGCGGGAGGAAAGAGCUUGUUGAUUAGUGGGAGUGAUAUCUUCCCAUUGAUGAUGCAGGCAGAUAGGGAUGUAGCAAGACAAUACACUGGCAUGCCUCCCCGGGAUUCGACCAGACGCAGAAAAGAGCUCGCAAACUAA